AUGACUACGAAAGUGAUGCCUGCACGCGGCGGUGCCCAAGGUAAACCGCCAUCCAGUGGUCUCCCUAAUCAAACCUUAUAUUGCACGAACUUGCCAGACAAACUUCGAAAACAUGAUCUGCGACUUUCCCUCUACAUGCUCUUCUCCACGUACGGCACUGUUUUGGAUGUCGUCGCCCUGAAAACCGAGAAAAUGCGUGGCCAGGCUCAUAUCGUCUUCAAGGAUGUCCAAACCAGUACGCAAGCCAUGCGCGCUCUCCAGGGAUUUGAAUUCUUCGGCAAACAGAUGAAAAUUGUGUAUGCCAGAGGCACAUCAGACGUGAUCGCAAGGCUUCGUGGAACAUAUCACGUGUCAAAUGCAUCCUCCGGUGGCCAAGCUGGCCCAGCAUCUACCGAGCUGCAAAAGUCGAUUUUUAGCGGACCUCCCGGAUCAGUAGCAUUGCCGCCGAAACCGAGCGAGGAAACCAACGGAGAGAAUCAGACAGCUCAUGGUGUCAAACGACCUCGUGAGGAAGACAGUGACGAAGAGGAAGCUCCAAUGGAUGAGGAUAGCGAUGUCCCAAUGGAAGCUUCCUCCGAUGAAGACUAG